UAUCUAUCUACUAGGGCAACACUGACGCGUCGAGACCCAUUGUGCAUUUUUCUAAAUUAAAAUGGCAUAUGCAAGCCGAAAAGUAAUUAAAUAAAGUGCAAUACGGAAUAAUAAAGUGCUUGCUGGUAUGCUGCAAAUCCUAAAGAAUAAUAGAAAUAAAAACUUAUCGUUUGCUGAAAGUAGUGGCUUUUCUGCUUGAAAAACUAUGCGCGUGUGCUCGUGUACGUCUGACUGUAGGUGUGUGCGUGUGCGUGCGUGUAUGUGUGAGUGAAAUUCCAACAAUGCGCAGGGAGCGAGCUGGCUGAAAUUUCUUUAUGCAAAGCGUACGCAACAAAAACGAAGAAGCCACCGAUAAAGCAGGGAAAAAUUUAUAUCUUAAUCGCAAAGUCUAAAGUUCAGUGCACAUAUCAUUCAAGUGAUUGGCAUGCCGUAGCUGCAGUAGACGAAGCAGCAGCAACAGCAGCAGCAUUAGCAGCCCCUUAAUGGAUCCAUAUCAUCAUAUCAGACAUCAUUAUCCACCCACUAGCACAGCCAGCUCAACAAUUGUUGGCAGCGGCACCGUCACCAACACCGGCUCAAUCAAUCGACCAGAAUUGCAUCAAAAAUGCAAUCGUGGCUCCCAUUCAAGUGACACAAGUUCAGCGUACAGCGGCAGCGACACAAUGGCCUCUGUCUAUGGCUCAUCGCUGGAGGCCGAGGAGAUUGAUCUCUCCGGCCUCGUUGAGUCUGUGGUGGACUCCGAUGAGGAGGAUCUAGCCGAAAGCAUGGAUAGCCUUAACGUGCGAGAUGCCGUACGCGAUUGUCUCGAAAAGGAUCCAUCGGAGCGCAGCGAAGAUGAUGUGGAAAUUCUGCUGGAGUUCACGCAGGGCCUCAAGGCAUUCACAAACAUAACGCUAGCGGUGCGACGGGCCCUCUGCUCGGUGAUGGUGUUCGCCGUGGUGGACAAGGCCGGCACAGUGGUCAUGUCGGAUGGUGAGGAGCUCGACUCCUGGUCGGUGCUGAUCAAUGGCGCCGUUGAGAUCGAGCAUGCGAAUGGCACGCGCGAGGAGCUGCAGAUGGGCGAUUCGUUUGGCAUUUUGCCCACCAUGGAUAAGCUGUAUCAUCGCGGCGUGAUGCGCACCAAAUGCGAUGAUUGUCAAUUUGUGUGCAUUACCCAAACCGAUUACUAUCGCAUCCAGCAUCAGGGCGAAGAGAAUACGCGCCGGCACGAGGAUGACCAGGGUCGGGUGGUAAUGGUCACCGAGCUGCGUUCGAUCGGAGGCAGCGGUGCAGAGAGCGCCACUACAACGGGCAGCGGCUCGGCUUCGGCCAAUUUGAAUACGAAACGUGGUCAUGUGGUCAUCCGAGGCACACCCGAGCGUCUGCUGCAGCAGCUUGUCGAAGAGAACUCAAUGACCGAUCCCACAUAUGUGGAAGACUUUCUGUUGACGCAUCGCAUCUUCAUACAGAAUCCACAGGAGGUGACGCGAAAGCUGUUGCAUUGGUUCGAUCUGGAGCAGGUGGACACGCACAAGACCCAAGAGCUGAGGGAUCGUGUCACGCGCGUCGUGCUGCUGUGGGUGAACAAUCAUUUUACCGACUUUGAGGCUGACCACGAGAUGAUGGAGUUCCUGGAGAUCUUUGAGGCUGGCCUGGAAAGCAAAAAACUGUUGAGUCAGCUGCGCCUGCUGCACAUCGCGUGCGCGGCCAAGGCACGCAUGCGCAGUUGCAUUUUAACGCGUUCCUCACGCGACGAGCCGCUUAAUUUUCAAAUUAUCGGCGGCUAUGAGCUGCGAGGCGUGGCCGCAGCCACCGGCAAUGCUUCGGUUGGCAUUUACAUAUCGCACGUGGAGCCGGGCUCAAAGGCUCAGGAUGUCGGCCUCAAGCGUGGCGAUCAAAUCCAUGAGGUGAAUGGCCAAUCGCUGGAUCAUGUGACCAGCAAGCGGGCGUUGGAGCUGCUGACGGGCACCACGCACCUGAGCAUUCAGGUGAAAAGCAAUUUGCUGGGCUUCAAGGAGAUUAUGCAGGCACUCGAGCAUGGCAGCGGCAGCAAUUCAGCUGGCGGCGGCAGCGGCGGCGGCAUCAGCAGCAGCGGCAACGGCAGCUUCAAGAGUUUGCGCAGUCCGCGUCGUAUUUGCGCCAACGAUAUUGCCAAGCUGCAUGGCCGCAGCGAUAGCACCACCGAGGAGCUAACGAACCGAGCGCACAUGGUGCGCCUGAGUUCCGUGGACAUGCUGCUCGAUCAGCCGGACUGUGCGCCGCCACAGACGCCGCCCGUGAGCGGCGGCGGCGGCAACAUGGCGGCCAAUUUCAUGCAGCAGCUGCUGCAGAGCGUCAACUCGAAUUCGGCCAAGAAGUGCAGUGCCGAGGAUGGCAAGCCGGGUGGUUUCAUGACGCUGGCGCCGAAGCGUCGACUGCAGAAGGCGUUGGCCAAAAUGAAUCUACUGAAGCAGCAGCAGCAGCCGCACGUGGGCAGCUUGAACGACAGCGCCGACACGCUGCUCAAUGAGCCGCAAUCGAAGCCGAAGCUGUCCGCCGCCAGCUCGGGCAGCAGCAGCUGCAAUUCCACCAACGGCGGCUGCAAUGCCACCACUGUCGGACGUUUGUAUCAAUCGCAAUCGAAUCCGGAUCUGAGCAGUCUCAACUAUGACAACAACAUUGAGUCCUCUGGCACGCUGCAGGUCAACUAUUUGCAGUCCCACAUCCAUCGCCCCUCCGCGGCCAGCACGCUGACGAGCAGCUCCAUGCUGCCGCCGGACUAUCCGGAACAUGUGCUCAAGGUGUACAAGUCGGAUCAGACGUGCAAGUAUGUGCUCAUCUACAAGGAGACGACGGCCCACGAGGUGGUCAUGUUGACACUGCAGGAGUUCGGCAUCCAUGAUCCCAGCUCGAACUUCUCGCUGUGUGAGGUGAGCGUUGGCGAGGGCGGCAUGGUGAAGCAGCGUCGCCUGCCCGACCAACUCCAGAAUCUGGCCGAGCGUAUCAGCUUUGCGGCACGCUACUAUCUCAAGCUAAACGACAGCACCGAGCCGCUGGUGCCGGACGAGCUGGCCCUGGAGCUGGUGCGCGAGUCGGGCGUUCAUUUUCUCCAGCUGAACGCGUAUGAGCUGGCCAUACAGCUGACACUGCAGGACUUUGCCAACUUCCGGCAGAUCGAGUCCACGGAAUAUAUCGACGAGCUGUUCGAACUGCAAUCCAAAUACGGUGUGCCGAUGCUCAGUAAAUUCUCGGAGCUGGUGAAUCGCGAAAUGUUCUGGGUGGUUAGCGAGAUUUGUGCCGAGCACAAUAUCGUGCGUCGCAUGAAGAUCGUGAAGCAGUUCAUCAAGAUAGCGCGACACUGCAAGGAGUGCCGCAAUUUCAACUCAAUGUUUGCCAUCAUAUCGGGUCUGGGCCAUGGCGCCGUGUCGCGCCUGCGCCAGACCUGGGAGAAGCUGCCCUCGAAAUAUCAGCGACUGUUCAAUGAUCUGCAGGAUCUGAUGGAUCCGUCGCGCAACAUGUCCAAGUACAGGCAGCUCGUGUCGGCUGAGCUGCUCGCCCAGCAUCCCAUCAUACCGUUCUAUCCGAUUGUGAAAAAGGAUCUGACCUUCAUCCACCUGGGCAACGAUACGCGGGUCGAUGGCCUGAUCAAUUUCGAGAAGCUGCGCAUGCUCUCCAAGGAGGUGCGCCUGCUGACGCACAUGUGCAGCUCACCCUACGAUCUGCUGGCCAUAUUGGAGCUGAAGGGCCAGACGCCAUCGAAUGCGCUCUUCUCGCUCAACCAGAUGUCCGCCUCGCAGAGCAACGCCGCUGCCGGCACGGUGAUCGCGGCCAAUGCCGGCCAGGCGACGAUCAAGCGGCGCAAGAAGUCGACCGCCGCGCCGAAUCCCAAGAAAAUGUUCGAGGAGGCGCAAAUGGUGCGACGGGUGAAGGCCUACCUGAAUAGCCUCAAAAUACUGAGCGAUGAGGAUCUGCUGCACAAGCUGUCGCUGGAGUGCGAGCCGCCGCACGGCUCCACCUACUCGGGCAGCAUAUCGCACGGGAAUAGCUCGCAUCGCAGCGCCGGCAGCGGCAGCGGCAGCAUCAAUGCCGGCAACACCGGCACCGGCAGCCACAAUGCCGGCGGCGAUCAGCUGAGCAUCUAUUCGCAGACCAGCUCCAGCUCGGCGCCGAACUCGUCGCUGUCGCUGCGCAAGCGACACCCCAGCUCGCCCACGCUCUCCACGACCAGCUCGACGAGCUCCACCAGCGACAAUCAGCGCCGCCAGCAGCUGCACAACAAUGGACCCAAAUUCGGCACCGCCUCGCCGCAGGCCGUCAAGAAGAUGCUCUCGCUGUCGGAGUCCUCGAAAAUACGACCACACCAGCCGUUCGUGCCGCGACAUAGCUCAGCGCUGCCCGGCGUCCUGCCGCCGCUGCAUCAUCUACAUGCGGCCCAUGGCUUCAGCACGCCGGCCGGCGCUGGAGGCGGCAUUGUGCCAGCUGCUGGUGCUGUGGUGCCGCCGGGCGUGGCCAAUGCACAGUGCACGCCCAGUCCCAGUCCCUGUGCACACCGACGUCUGGCAUCGGGAGGUAACAUAAUGCCCACACGUGCGAUACACGAGCGCUCCCACUCGGACACGCCCGCCCCGCCGCCGCCGUUGCCCUCGGUGGAUCUAUCGCUGGAGAGCAGCAGUGUGACUACGUUUCGUGACUUACCGUUGCGCAAAUCCGUGACUUCCGGUUCAGUAUCGUCGUGUGAUAGUGGGCAUGGUUCCUACGCCCAACAGCAACAGCAGCCGCAGUCGUCGCACCAUCAGCAACACCACUUGACAUACCAACAGCAACAACAACAACACAAUGAACCAUCGCCGCCCGUUUAUACGGCUGCCGAUUGCCGCCUGUUGCAGCAAAUUUCCAAUAAUGCCGUUACACGGAAUUUGAAUAGUCCCUGUCAGAGCACGAGCACUCCACCUAGCACACCCACACCACCACCACCACAAACACUGCAACAACAACUACAUCAACAGCAACAACAACAACAACAGCUACCCCAAAUGCAACCACCAACAGCAUCCUUGCAGCCACCACAGCUUCCUGCACCGCCAGCGCCUUAUAUACACAUGCGCAGCCACCAGCAGCUGCAGCAAAUCCAACAGCAAUUGGCCAUGCCACCACCACCACCGCCGGUCUACACCAGCAGCCUGUACAAUCAUCAUCAUAGCAAUGCGACUAGCAGACACCUGAACCACAUGCAUGGUGGACCGCCAAAUUUUAUGGAUAGCACCAAGUGUACCAUAUGUCCCAUGCCACCAAUGAAUCAAUAAAUCAAACUGUGCUGUUUUAACUACUAAAUGUUAAUUUAAUUAGUUCAUAUAUAUAUAUAUGCCAAAAUUUGUUAAAUGGUUGUGGUUUCCAUGUCGCCAGCAACAAAAUACAUACAUACAUACAUCAUAUGCACAUACACAUAUAUACACACAACAAGGGGCACAACCAUGGAAGAGCUGCUGCCUCAACAAAAACAGACGCGCACACACAAACACAUAUUUACAUGUGCGCAACCCCAUUAUCAUGAACCCUUUUUUGCUACCCUUUAAAUGUUCGAGAUCCCAUUGUCACGUAUUCUUAGAUUAAGCGCCUAAAGUUUAGUUUAUGCUCUAUAUGUUUUAAGUGGCUUACGAUUAAUUUUAAUUUAGCACAAUUCUUUGUAAACAUUUUCCUAAAAAAAAAAAAACUUUUCGAAAAAAAAAACAAAUCGAAUAGGAAUCAUCCACAAAGCUGUUGCCUUCUCACGUGCAUCAAAAGAAAACGUCUGCAGGCAGACCUAUCCAGCAGACUAAAUCAAAAACAAAAACUACAAAUUUGCAAUCAAAAUCUCUUUCGAAGACUUUCAGUCGGCAUUUAACAAAAAUAAAAA